CGGGGGAAACGAGUGACUGUUGGGCGACAGAGGCCACUGUUCUGGCUAAUCAUCAGGAGGACAGCUCCGCCCGGGGGCACGAUGGGCCAGAUUGGGUCGGCCUGUAGCCUCUGAGUCUGUUGUGCUCGUUGUCGUUGGGCUCGAGCAGCAGCAGCAGAACUGUUCGGCCCAUGAGAUGCAGGAGAGAAGAGCACUCGCAGGGCUCGCUUUUUAAUUGUACCUUGGUGCAUUCAGCAACUUCAUCCCAUUCGCUCGAGCUCGGUCUGCUUGUCAAGAAGUGGGUCUUCGACGUGAAGUACAAUGAGGGGCUCGGAGAUGACUGAGAUGGAGGCAGAGAGACCAGUGGAUAAUACAGGUCUAGAAGCUGGUGAAGUUGUUGUGAAGUGUAAGCCCUUGUGGGACGAUGCGAGAACAGGGAGCGCGAAGGAUGAGUUGAGGUGUCGGUUCUCCAAGGAAUCGAGGAAUGUUGAUGUUCCUGUUGUUGACGGAGACAAUGCUGAAGGGUUUCUGUGUAAAUGUAGUGCCGAGCUUUCCUCCACUGGUACCACUGUAUCCAUCCUUCUUCCAAAUGGCGAUGAGCUCUCGUGUGAAGCCCUACCGGACUCGGACAAGGUCAAGGGCGUGGUUACAGCUGGUCAAAUCUACAAACAGCUCUCAUUACUGGACAGAUAUCUCUUCGUCUGGAUCUUCGCUGUGAUGGGUCUAGCUCUCCUGAUAGGUUACUACGUAGACGGGAUCAAGAAACGCCUGUCGGUGGUGGAAAUAGCCUCAGUAUCGUUGCCAAUUGCUAUCGGACUGUGGGUGAUGAUGUACCCGGUACUCUGCAAGGUACGCUACGAGCUGCUGUACAAGAUGCUCAGACGCGGUCGCCUGGGUAAGAACCUGGCCAUCAGCCUCGUGCUAAAUUGGCUCGUCGGCCCUGCUCUUAUGACAGGACUAGCCUGGGCUACUCUACCAGACCUGUCGGAUUACAGAACUGGUGUUAUUUUGGUGGGAAUCGCUCGCUGCAUUGCCAUGGUACUUAUCUGGAACGAGCUGGCCAAAGGAGAUGCUCAACUUUGUGCCAUCAUAGUAGCUGUGAACUCCGUUCUUCAGAUUAUUCUUUUCACUCCCGUCUCUCUAUUCUAUCUGAAGGUCAUAUCCGGAGGUAAGGGAAUUGAUGUGGGUGUUUGGACCGUGGCCAAAUCUGUGCUCUUGUUUCUCGGUGUUCCUCUUCUAGCGGGCUUUUUGACAAGGGUGAUUUUGAGAAGAGCAGCGGGAGCCAGAUGGUACGAUACCAAAUUCCUCCCGUUCAUCGGGCCUUGGGCUCUUCUGGGAUUGCUAUACACAAUAUUCGUCAUGUUUGCGAUUCAGUCUCAUGAAAUCGUGAACAACAUUGGACACGUGCUUCGUGUGGUGGUGCCCUUGCUGCUUUACUUCUCCAUCACUUUCACAUCAGCUGUGGCAGUGUGCCGGUACUUCAAUUUGCCAUACCCUGAGAUUGUGACACAAUCCUUCACUGCAGCCAGUAACAACUUUGAGCUGGCCAUAGCUGUGGCUGUUGGAGCUUUCGGCAUCGAUUCACAUGAAGCGCUGGCCGCCACUAUCGGGCCUCUCAUCGAGGUUCCCGUUCUAUUGAUCCUGGUCUACGUUACAUUGUAUUUCAGGAAAUGGCUCUCAAAAGAACAAGCUUAGGAUAAUAAAAUAUACUCGUAUACUUUCUAUUGGAGUCCGUGAGCUUCCUCUUUGGCAGUAUCAGAAGGACAUUCCAGAGUUGUCGUCACAUUUUUGGGGCUUGUCGGUAUCUCUGGUCUUCGCGAGAAUUGUUGUGUUUAUUCACGUCGAGACCUCACACACCUGGAAAUCUGAGGAGAGUGGCAAUGAUUCGUGGGAGUGAUCUGUCAAUUCCUCGUGUGUUCAGUCUUGGAUCUCAUGGAUCAAGGAGUCUAGUAUUUACUUUGUCAACUCAUAUUUUCCUGUCUGGUAGCGUCUUACAUGGCUUCGAAAGCAUGACACCGCUGUCAACGAAAAUCUUGUCGUAGAUGUCGCCUUAGAGAGGAAAAAUUGUGGUUAUGGGUGCGUAGAUUAUAAUAAAAUUCCACUGCACUUGCUUCCGCAGAUGUGAAAAGGGAAAGCUCACGUUGAAAUGCAAGCAGAAGGUCAGAGAUAUUGUCUGUAGAUAUUAACUCUAAUUGCAGCUUUGCGAAAUGGAGGAAG